AUGGUCGAUUUACAAAACUUCACCCAGACAUUGGAAGAUGUUUUCAAAAACACAUUUCUUAACUACAUGAAUAACUGGCGCCGGAACACGACAGCGGAACAAGAUGCACUGCAAGCAACAGUUGAUGCGGAAAACUUUGAUUACGUUAUCUUGUACCUCAUUGUAAUGAUUGGAAUGUUCUCCUUCAUUAUUGUGGCUAUCCUAGUGAGCACGGUGAAAUCAAAGAGGAAAGAGCACUCUAAUGACCCAUAUCACCAGUACAUUGUUGAUGAUUGGGGUGAAAAAUAUAAGGGCCAGAUUCUAAAUCAAAACGACUUGAAGUGUACGAUCCAUGAAAACAUCAGUGCAAGGGACAAAACCCCUGGAUCGCCUUGA